ACCACGGACAGCGCGAGGGGCCCCUAGCUAGUUAGUGUUCGUCAGGCCGGCCUACCCCGUUGCCGCGACCACGAGAGUCACGCGCCCUCCAAUUACAGGCGGCUACAUAAAGCUGGCGCAGAGCCAGGAUUUCAUGCCAAAGUUUUAGAAGAAAGCAGCAGAAGCAUACCACACUGCCCCACGAGCAAUAAGCUUGCCUGGCAUUCAGAAGAGAGCAGUAGCUCCGGCGACGCAGAGGAAACCUGUACGUAAUCUUUUAGACCCUCCCAUGGCCGCGCUCAGUUCCUCUGCUCCUUACAAACCGGCGAUCGCCACAUCGGCUCCUCGACGACGGGGAGGCCUUGCUGGCUUAACGAUGAUGAGCUCUUCAGGCAUGAACAGCGCCCGUUUCCCGCCGAUCAAAGGAUCAGCUACACGAAUUUCUGCGGCUGAUCCUGGAUGUACUCCCGUCCCAGCUCCGUCAGGCGGAAACCUCCCCAUUCCCGGCAUUCCUCCAUGGGCCCAGUGGUUGGUUGGUGCAAUCGUGUUCGCAGUUCCCCUUUACAGACAGUUCAGAGCAAUGGAAGAUAAGCUAGAGAAGACGGCGGAGGUGGCGAUCGAGGUGAUCGACAAGGUGGCCGAGGAGACGGAGAAGAUCGCCGACGAGGAUGCCGACGCGUUCCCCGGCAAUGAAACGCUCAAGAAGGCAGCAGCGAAUAUCAAGGCGGUCGCGGAUGAGAUCGAGGAAGAUGCCGAUAAAGCUGAGGCCCUGAUCGAGAAGGUUGAUGAGAUAAACAAAGAGAUGGAUUCCAUAGUUGAUUCUAUAAUCGACAAGGACAAGAAGAAGUAAGAACUCUAUAUAGAUAUAUACGGCGCUCAAGGAGAGGAAAGGAAUAAGAGAGAACCAGCGCGCGAGCGAUUGUCCAUCGCCUGUUUGUCUAAGCUCGUUACGUUGUUUCUUGUCAUGUGCUUGUACACGGUCACCGAAAGGAACCACGCGAAACCAAACCAAUCACGGAUUUUGUCGAUAAAUAUUCAUGUUCAUGUGUUGUCACUGUAGUGAAAAGAUAAGAGAGCGGUUUGGAAGAGUUUCUCCCCAAACAGGCUUCA